UGUUUAUGCAACAGUCACCCUGAAGAAUAUUGGUCAACAGUGAGUAAACAGCACAACAAUACAAGAUACAUUUAGGGAAGUUAUUUACCGGCGAGAUUAGCGUGUAUCUCUGAUUUGACCAUUUGUCCCUGUAUUCAUGUUUUAAACCCAGGAACCUCCUAUGUGUGUAAUUGGAAAAUAAGGAUAUGUCUGCAGGUUGUGUGAGGUGGAUGCUGUGCCAUACAGUGAGAUCUAUCUGUGGUGGUAGCAGCUGUGGCUACAGGACACUAGCAUCAAGAUUCACCAUAUGCAGUCAAAGAUCCAACAUCAUUGCUUCCUCCUGGAGAUGGUCUCCAUUCUCCACUGCUGGAGACAACACAGAACAGACUGGCGCUCAAAACAAAAAAAAGCAAGAUCCCCGAGGACAUGUCACAAUCAGCGCAGUUGGCCGUAAGAUCCCACAGCGUGAGAUACAGGUGAUAAGUGAGACAGGAGAGAACCUGGGCACCAUGCACCGCGCAGAUGUGAUCAGAAUUAUGGACGAGCAGGGUCUCAAAUUGGUGCUGCUCAGUGAACGCAAAGAUCCUCCCGUCUACCGGCUAAUGAGCGGCAAACAGAUCCAUGAAGAGCAGCUGAAACUGCGGGAGAAGCAGAAAGCAAAAGCAGCCCCCGUGCAGGUGAAGGAGCUCACCUUUUCAUCCGGCAUCGCAGCUCAUGAUCUCUCAACCAAGAUGAAACAAGUGGAGAGCUGGCUGGAGAAGAAGAACCAUGUUAGAAUUACUUUGCGAUCAGGACGCGGCGGACCUGCAGGCAACCUGGACACAACUCUGGAGCAGAUAGUGCAACAAAUGGAGGUGAUGGUGGGAUUUGUUUCUAAGCCAAAAGCCAUACGGGACGGUCAAGCAGCCAUGUGCAUCCUCCGACCACCUUCAGCAAAAGAACUGUCUCAAAAAGGGAAGAACAUGGCUGCAGCUUCGCAGUCUGAUGACUCAGGUUCAAAUGCCACCGAGAGCAAAACAUCCCUCCCUCCUGUUAGCAACUCUGACACAACAGAAGGGUCUAUACAGCAGUGAUCCGAUGGAAAUUAAAUAUUCUUAU